AUGGCCCCAGCCGCGCAGAAACCACUCGUCGGCCACUUCGACUGGCCGGCCAUGAACCCACCCCAGAACUCGACCCGCCCGCUGCACCACACCCACUACGAGAGCCCCUUCCAGCAGGUCGACAUGCGCCCGGGCCCGCUGCAGUCCGCCGCCGCCUUUUUCUCCCGGCACUUCUCCCCUUCCCACUGCGCCCCCCAGCGGCCCGUCGUGCUCGCCGUGGUCCUGGUCGCCUGCGCCGUCGCCCUCGUGGCGCUGGCGCUGUCCCUGUGCAGCAGUGCCGGCAGGAGGAGGGGCGGCGCUGACCACCACCAGAGGCGGGAGCGCCUGUGCCGGCGCCACUGCUACUUUGACGACGAGGACGACGGCUGCGACGACCAGGACCAGGGGUUUGUGGUGUGCGAGAAGGAGGAGGGUGAGGGUCUGCUGGUGGUGUGGUCGUCUGAAACCCGGCGGGGAUCCGGGGCGGGUGCGGGUGACACUGGCGCUGGUGGUGGUGUUAGUGCCAAACCUGACCUGCCGCCGUUUCAUGUUUCUGUCGUCCGCUCGGGCUUGAUAUGA